AUUUUCUCGAUUUUGCUAUGGUAUGCAUUUUCUAUGGGUAUCUCUGUUUACAAUAGAUGGAUGUUUUCGAGUGAAAACCUAGAUUUCAGAUACCCUAUUAUUAUAACCUCAUUUCACCAACUUAUACUCUCCUUACUGGCCAUUUGCACCCUCAUUAUGUUCCCAAGUUUCAGACUUUCCACUGUAAAAUAUAGAAGGUACGUUACCAAGAUUUUACCCUGUUCAAUAGCCUCGGCCGGUGACAUUGGUCUCGGAAAUGCUGCAUUUAGAUUCAUUACACUCUCAUUAUAUACCAUGGUCAAAACCUCUGCUCUCAUUUUUGUCUUGCUUUGGGGCGUGUUCUUCAAGCUUGAGAAGCUGACAGUGAGAAUUUUCACCAUUGUCUGCGUGAUGACAUUUGGUAGACUCUUCUACGAGAUCAGAGAGACGGGCGAGUUGAAAGGGUCUCACAUUAUUUUCAUCGGAGUCUCUUUGGUCCUACUAUCUGCCUGUAUGUCCGGUCUCAGGUGGGCACUAACACAGAUCACGUUGAAAAAGAACAAGAGAACGAAAAACCCGAUUUUGACGAUGCUCUACAUCUCUCCGGGGAUGUGUUGCGUUUUGUUUCUCGUUGGAACUGUAGUCGAGGGUGUCAGCAACUUUCUCAAUGCGGAGAUCUGGGAGGCAAAGGGUGUCGGGAUGACCAUCGUGUUAAUUUUGAUCCCGGGACUUCUAGCGUUUUUCAUGACUCUCUCGGAGUACGUUUUGCUCCAGUAUGCAUCGCUCUUGACAUUGUCAAUCGCCGGCAUUUUCAAAGAAUUGUUGACGAUCUUUGUGUCGUGGGUGGUCUUUGGCGACGAGUUGUCGUUCAUCAAUAUCAUCGGGUUGAGUAUCACCUUUGCGGACAUUGUGUGGUACAACGUGUACAGGUUCCAGCAGAACGCCGAG